AAAUAAAAAUUAACACUCAAAUUUUGCGUCUCAGAAGAAAAAUGUCUUUAAGCGAUGAAAUAAACCAACCGGAAAAUACUACGUACCAAUGUUUUGAGGUGGGAAUGAAUUACAUUUUUGAAGAGGAACUAUCAGCUUCCCAAACCACAACUUGGGAGGAAGUAAUUGUAGAGGAAGCAGUGCAGGAUAACUCCGAGGCGUCCACUCAAGAGCUUGCACAAACUACCUCUUCCAAUAACGGGAGUACGACAAAAGAUGUAUAUGCACAGGAAGAGUUGUUUGGACAAUAUUUUGAAAUUAUCCAGAAGCUAGAUAGUACUGACUAUCACAAGCAACGUGGGGGUGUACUUGUAAAAUGUCGUUUUUGCACAACUAAACUACAAGGAUCAUUUCAAGUGACUUCGAAUUUCGUACGCCAUUUACGGAUAAAGCAUCCUCAACAAUUAGCAGAAUAUGAGCAAUUUAAGUCUUACAGUUCAAGAAAAAGGCAAUAUAGCGAUACCAUAUUUCAAAACCUUACAGUAAAAGUUAUCGCGAAUAACAUGCUUCCAAUAUCUAUUGUGGAAGAUAAAACGUUUAGACAGUUUGUUACAUUUUUGAAUCCCCAAGCAAAAUUAAUGACUAGGACAACGGCUACAAAACGAAUUGAUGAUUGUUAUAAAUCAAUGAUAGUAAAAAUUAAAAAUGAGCUGAAAAAUCAAUCGUAUUUUUGUACCAAACAUCGCAGUUUUUUUGGCUACACGUGCCAUUGGCUAUCAAAUUCUUUCGAGAGGAAGUCUGUUGCACUGGCUUGUCACCGUUUUAAAGGGUCCCAUUCUUACGACAAAAUUAACGAUAUUAUUAUGGAUAUUCAUGCUAACUUUGGACUAAAUUGUAAUAACGUAAUAGCCACUAUAACCGAUAACGGAUCUAAUUUUAUAAAAGCAUUUAAAGAAUUUGGAGUCGAGAACACUUCUGAAGAAGACGUAUUUGAGUCAAGCGAUUUUUCAAGUCAUUUAUAUGAAAGUUGUCUUCCAAAGCACAUUAAAUGCGCGACGCAUACCAUUAAUCUUUUGGCAUCGAACGAUUUUAUUAGCAUUUUGAAAAAACACCCUUCAAUUUUUGAAAAACAUAAUGCUGUAAGUUUUUAUAUACGAACACACAUACAGUGCUACACAAAAAAACUGUUACUACUAUUAAGUGGCUCUAGUCUCUAAUCCUUGUAUAAUCCAUAUCCAUCCCUUACUAAAGGAAGCAGUAAGGAUUGCUAAGGUAGUUACAAAAGAUUAGACAUGGAUUCAACAAGGAUUAGAGACAUGAGCCGCUUAACAGUAGUAACCGUUUUUUUUUUUUUUAAUUUGGAAUUGUGUCGUUAUUGCACAGGAACAUGGAUAUGUUUUUAAUGCUGCAUUCCACCGCGAGCUAUAAAUUCCGUUCGAAAAAAGAAAAUAUUAGAGUAACCAUCGUACAAAUGUAUUCGUCUCUCUACUAAACCUUCAAAUUUCUAUAUUUUGGUAUUUUUAAAUAGAUAAUAUCGAAGUGUUCCAGUUUAUGGAGCAAAGUAAAUCGACCAAAAAGCUCAGAACAAAUAAAAGCAAUUCUGGGAGGUCAGCUAAAAUACCCGGUAGUGACUAGAUGGAAUUCGCCAUACGACUCCCUAAGAUCGUUACGCUCGCAUAAGCAAAAAAUUAAUGAUCUAUGCGAAACAUUCCAAAUAAAUAAGUUUUACGAAAAUGAAUUCGAUUACUUAGAUGAGUAUAUGGAGGUAUUAAAGCCUUUAGCUGAUGCAGUUGAUUUUUUGCAAGGCGAUAAAAAAAUGGUAUAUGGUUACCUUUUGCCGACGCUCGCAACUAUUUUUAUAAAGUACAAUAAUUUAAUAAAAGCUGAAAGACUCGUAUAUUUUUGCCAAAUAGUUUCCUCUUUGACUGACGCGAUAAAAGAAAGAUUUAAGAAAUACUUCGAACUUAAGGAAGAUGUGAGUGAUGCUAUAACUGCCUCUGCAUUAUGCCCCGAUGUGAAACUUCAAUGGGUUAAUGCUCUUAAUCCAGAAUUCAGCGACGCGAAAGUAGCGGAAUUGAGCAAUAUGGUCAGAAAAAUUAUUUCAACUGAGUGUGCCAAGGAUAUAAUUCCUACAACUGUUAGCAUAUGUGAACGUGCAAACUUUUUCGACUUUGGACGCAAAAAUGAAGUCACGCCGUCUGCUAAUGUUAUUAGUCAGUCGCAAAGAGAAUACUGCAAUUAUAUCUCAGACCCAAGCACUGAUAUUGAAAUGCUAUGCAAGUACCCGUCGUUGAAGAAGUGUUAUCUUAAAUUCAACACACCAUUGCCAUCAUCAGCGGCAGUUGAAAGACUUUUCUCUUCGGCAACGAUUUUAAAUGCACCUCGACGUGGAUCGCUGUCAGAUGAUAACUUCGAGAAGCUUUUAUUGUUGAAAGUCAAUCCUUUUUAAAAGUAUUUUUAAAAAUGCGAAAAAUUAUGAGACACAUAUACUUAUAUAAUG